AAGAGGAAACCUGGGCCGUGCCGGGAGUGAGCGGGGCCGGGGCGGCGGGGCCCGGGACGCUCCGACGAUGCCCCGGUGGCCAGAGGACCCAGCGGGGGCGGCCGGCAGGGACUGUCACUAGCCCAUCCAUUGCCCUGACGCUUGGCCUGAGGAAUCCAGCCAUGGGGGAAACGGGCAAAGAGGAGUACAAAAUACAGUCGUUCGACACCGAGACUCAGAAGCUGCUGAAAACAGCCCUCAAAGACCCCAGCAAUGUGGACCUGGAGAAAGUGGCCAAUAUCAUUGUGGACCAGUCCCUCAAAGACUGUGUGUUCAGCAAGGAGGCAGGGCGCAUCUGCUACACCAUCAUCCAGGCAGAGAGCAAACAAGUUGGGCAGAGCAUCUUCCGGAGGAGCCUGCUGAACCGGCUGCAGCAGGAGUACAAGGACAGGGAGGAGCUGCGCAGCCGCUCGCUCCAGGCCUGGAUCUGCUACGUCACCUUCAUCUGCAACAUCUUCGACUACCUGAGGGUGAACAACAUGCCCAUGAUGGCUCUGGUGAACCCUGUGUACGACUGCCUGUUCCGGCUGGCACAGCCUGACAGCUUGCGGAAGGAGGAGGAGGUGGACUGCCUGGUGCUACAGCUCCACCGCAUUGGCGAGCAGCUGGAGAAGAUGAACUCCCAGCGGAUGGACGAGCUCUUCUCCCUCCUCCGGGACGGCUUCCUGCUGCAGGAAGGGCUCAGCUCCCUCUCCCAGCUCCUGCUGCUGGAGAUCAUCGAGUUCCGAGCAGCCGACUGGAAGAUGACGGACGCUGCCCAGAAAUACUAUUACAGCGAAGUGACAGACUAACCUCUGCACCGGGGGGGAAGAGAGCUCCCCAGCACUUUCACCAGCAAGCUUCAUACCAAGUCUGAGUUUCUUUUCACAUUGGUGUUUUUCUAGCACUUCCUGUAAAUAGGAUUUGUAUUGGCCAGAGCCUCGGGGCAGGUAACUGUCGGGCUGCCAACCGGAGCCGG